UUAAACCCGAAUUGAACCGACCGAUGGAUGCCUACUCCUCCUUUCCAGCAAAAAAACCAAUUUAUGAAUUCACUCCUUAUACCUCAAUGCCCCGAUACUCAUUGGUUGCGGUGGCUGAUCCACUAAACAACAACUCAAUCUCGAUACCCAAAUCCUCUGAUGCGCCUUCUUUAUUGCAAUUUCCUUUAGUUCCAGUAUCAAUUGCAUCACAGUCCGAAGAAAUUGAGGUGGAAGAAGAAACUAAAAACAGAGAAGAAAAUAGUGAAGGAUUAGCUCCACUCCACGAAAAAAUCCAUAAAAAAGAUGGAACCCACAUUCUGGAGCCUGUGGGUCUUGAAGAGCACUUAAGAUCAGGAAUUUCUACUCCAAAACAAUCUUUAGUAAAUCCUGAUACCACUAUGCUUGAAGAGGGUAGUGGCAGUUGCAGAAUAUCUAAUUCAGAUGAAAGAAGAGAAAAGAAUGAUUCAAGUUUGGAUGGAAAAAGGACGGUCGUGCUUUCUGAUCCUCAAGCUCUUGGAUACAGUGGGAAAAGGAUAACCCAUGAAAUCCAGCCUUUUGAUCAUAAAGCAAGUGCUGAUAUAGUAAAUAGUGAUGCUUCUAGCAAGGAGGUUAUUGGUGCCCAAUUCUCUGAAGGAGGAGGUCAUCAAGAAGCGUCGGAGGAUUUACGACAAACGUCAUCAAGGUUGGAUGUUCCGAAGAUUAGGCUAAGAAGUUUGUCCCCCGUUGAUGAUUCUAGUGGUGGAAACAAAAGACCAGCAGAUAGAAGUGAGUUUUACUCUAGAAGUUGGUGCGUCAAAGGAAGGGAUCCUCUAACUAGCCAUGAUAAGGAUGGUGUUUUAGAUGCUGCAAAGAUGAAAAGCAAACUCAUAGAUGGAGAAGGUUCAAAAAGUACCACUGAAAGACUAGCAGCAGAUUGUUUUUCUGAUUUGGCACCAUCUGCAGUUCGAGGAGAAAAUCAAAGGUUGAAUAGUGACAUUGAAUUGCAUAUGCAUAGCGAUGAGCAUCGGUCAAACAUGCCGUUUAGAGACAUCGGAAGGGAGACUCUUGGAUGUAAAUCCUACUUGGCUGGUUAUGGAAGCUCUUCAUCACUAUUACUCAAAGAUGAUUCUCUUAAUAAAGAUAGCUAUCAUAGUGGAGUGCUUCUAAGUAGCUCAGUACUCUCAUCUUACAAGUAUCAGAGCGCUGAAGUUCCGUCUUAUAGCUCAGUUUUGGACGACACGGGUUAUAAGAGGACCCAGCUUAUGCUCGGAAAUCAUCAUUAUCCACACUUGAAUCACUCUGUGGAUAGGUGGCCUUCUUAUCUUACUUCUUCUUCAAACCUAGAUCCGGUUAGUGAUCAGAAGCUUUUAGACCAUAGUCGAGAAUAUUGUUCUUCUAGGUCAACCUCAAACAAGUCUUCAGCACUUCCUGGUUCUGGAACUGAACCUUUCUCUUGGACUGAUUUAUCAAGGGACAUGGAACACUCACGUGAUUAUAAGACGAAGGUGUAUUUUGAUUACUGGAAGCCUUCUGUGCCUUUUCAACCAUCAACCUUUCUUAGUCAAAUUAUUCCCCCUCCAGAAAGUCUGUAUGAUCCGAUUCGUGAUAGCAUUGAGCAAACCAGCGCAGCAGAGAAAGAUUUGACUGCCGAUGAAAGAGAAACAGCUGAUAGAGCUACAGCUCAUCAAGAAAACGUGAAUACCUCUUCAAAAGAAGAAAAGCACCCAAGAUCAGUUAAUCCCAGAGGCCAAAAAAGGACACAAUCAAAAUUAGAGAGGCCCAGACACAACUAUGAAAUUGAUAAUGACUUCAGGAGAGAUGGAUCUGUGAACUAUGAAUCAGGAGUUUUGAAGCACUUUCGUGCUGCUCUUGUGGAAUUCGUCAAAGAAUUGCUGAAGCCAACUUGGCAUGAAGGUCUCUUGAUUAGGGAUGCAUAUAAGAUGAUUGUUAAGAAAUCAGUAGAUAAGGUCAUUAACUCUUUGCAACCUGAUCAAAUUCCUGAUACGACUGAAUCCAUUAAGCAGUAUCUCUCUGUUUCUAAGCCAAAAGUAGCUAAGCUCAUUGAGGGGUAUGUGGAGAAAUAUGGAAAAUCCUGAGAUGAGUUUUGCUCUACGUGCUGCCAUCAGUCAGGAAUUGGUGAAACACGUCACUGUGGGACAAAUUUUGUUUCUACUAAGGGGCUAGAAUCAAAAUAUUAAUUUUGCGUAUGGAUUUCUUCUUAUAAGAUAAGACCUUUUUUGCUGCUUUAUGGCUCGAAAGUGUUUGGAAUCAUCUAUGUUCACUUGGUAAUAAUUUGAUUCAAUCUUGGUAGGGAAAUAAUAUUUGCUAAUGUGUCAUCAUCUUCGGUGGAGUCAACUACUAGAUUACUCUCACAAGUUGGAAGGUGGUGGGAAAACGAGGAGGACACAGCGCGAGAUCUAUUAGCAGCCAAUUCUCCAUACAAAUAGAGGCAUCUAUCUGAAAGAUACUUUAAUGGCUUUGGCGUGAAGGUCUCAUUAGCUCGUAUAAGGCUCCAGGUCUGAAGCGUAGUUUGUGCUCUUUGCACUUUUAAAAGUUAGGAAACUAAAACAUCUUAAUAGUUGAAGGAAGGUAAUAAAGACGAGUAGGAGCAGAUUGUGCCUUUGAAGAUAAACAAACACGACAUUUCGUUAGUAAGGGAAGUGUCAACUUCUUUCUCCAGGGUUACAUGAAGUAGAUUGGGAGGUCUUUCAUCCCUUGUCUUUGAAUAGGGGAAUAUGUCCUCAUAAAAUCUUUCUCCAAUCAACUUAGCUGGUUAGAUAUUGACUAGUGCAAGCAAUACAUGAAAUAAACUAGCAACCAUAGUUCGUGACAAAGUAUUGGAUAGCAAGCAAGGAUACUUUUGUUUGUUUCUUCUCCACUAAGCAUGGGAGUUUAUAGAUAACUAUAGAUCGGUGGCUACCUAGUGAACUUUGAUUUGAUCCCCUUGAGUAAGAGGCACCCACCUCAUCUGGGGAGAGGUUCACUAUGAUGGGAGGUUCUUGACUGGGAAACGGAGGUUUAGCUUUGAGCAGCUUUUUGUUCAUUCAAUCCUUAGAUAAGGGUGUAAUGGUCAAUUGUGCUAGACAUUCUUUUUGAGAAGGAAAAAGAAUUUUUGAGAAGGAAUUGUGCUAGACAUUCUUGUACUUUGAAAAGUAUAGUAUUCCAUGUGAGGAACAACCAAACUACUAGAUUUGUUGUGCAUAUGACCUUUUCAAUGGCCAUGGUAACCAAUUUUGACAUAUAGGAUAUCUUAAGAGCUUGAAGUACUGCAUGGGAGAUUGAGGCAAAAAAACGCGAAGUGAUUUCUUCCUUUCUGCCUAAACUUCGGUGGGCAAAAUUACUUGGCAUCCGUGUCAAUGGGAGGUAAGUAGGUACUCAGUGGCAUAGUCGCAGUGUGUGCAAGCUGGCUCGAACACCACCAAAAUUUUUUAAAAAUACUUCUGUAACAGGUAAAAAGGAGGUCAUGUGGAAUUUGGUUGCUAUAGUUAACACUAUUUCUCUAUGUUGAUAGAACUGUGGAUUUUGUAUUUACAUGCGGACCUUUUGAGUGGUACUCUGCCAAAAACAGUGCAAUAGUAUGGUCAGAUGCAAUGGCAUUCUCUGGUGGGUAAUCUAUGUUGGAUUGCAAUCUCCUUGGCUCUAUAGCCAUCUCAUUAAGCAUUGAGUUGUUAACUAAAGUUGCGUAAGAAUUAUUCCGAGUCUAAUCAUGUGUUGAACCAGCAGGAAGUGCAAUGAGUUGGAUGUUUAAUUAGUGAGGAUCCAGUCUAAGAUAAUUUAAGUUUUAUUUGUGGGGCCAAGCAAAUACUAUGCACUAAGGGGUCGUUUGGUACGCGGACUAAAUUAUCCCGGGAUUAUAGUCCUGGAAUUAUAUUCCCUAGAUUAAUUUAUCCCACCUGGGAGGUGGGAUAAAAUUAUACUAAGUUUGAUGGAAUAAGGUGGUAUAAGAUUGGGAUAUCCAGGAUUAAGUCCGGGACUAAGUUUAUAUUAUGUUUGGUUGACAGUAUAAAUUUAUCCCGGGAUAAAUUUAUACCGUCAACCAAACAAAUAUAAAUUUAGUACCACACCUUAUUCCACCUUAUCCCGCAUACCAAAUGACCCCUAAGAGAUAAUUGGAAAUUUUGGCUUGGAACAAUAGGAGUUUUCUUGAGCCUUUAGUUGUAUAACAUGGCAAUGACAUAGUUUGCAGUAGAACUAGUUAUUGAGCAUCCUAUGACAUGUAACGAUGUGCAAACGACAUUAGAAGUGACACUAACUGUUCUUUUGGCUUGAAAGCAAAGGUCAAUAGCGCAAUAAAGGUCCUAGACAGUGCAUUGCAACUUCUUUGUUAGUCUAAGUUAGUGGCUUUUGGCUAACUCUUCUUAUAUUAGUUGGCUCUUGUUUGUGGAACUUAAAAAUCCUCCUGAUUUCUGUAUUUAUCGCAAUUAUGCCCUUUAGGUUUCAUAGAGCAUUAUAAAUGACGUGAAAUUCAAAGAUUUUAUAAGGAAUCUUAACCUUAAACACUAAAUUCUUCCAAAGGAUAGCAAAUGCUGAAGCACAUGCAUUGUUUUGUUGCUCAUUCUAUGCUUCUGUUAGUUUUAAUGUGUGGAAUUGCAGAAGAAUAAAAUUUCCAUCUAGAUUAUUGGAUUGAACAUAGUUCCGCAGAGGCAGUGUUUGAGGAAGCAGUAGAUCCUAAGCCAGAAUAGGCGAUGAAGGAGCAACGGACACUGCUGGGGCAUCAUAUUUUGAAGGGAUCACCUGAGAUGAACAGAGUAAGCUUACGUAAGUCAGCUACUUAAGAAGGUAAUGAGUAGAGGAUCCUAUCAAAACUGUCAAAUUCUUGUCAUAUGAAAAGGAAAUUUCAUAGUCAGAUUACAAUAUAAUAUCCAGCUCAGACAGAAAUAGGAUUCAGUGGUCAUGUGCAUAUACUUUGGAAGAGUAAGACAACUCUCAAAGCAGAGGCGGACCAAUGCUAUACAGAGAGGGGUCACUAGCACCCGUAAAGUUUUGCAAAAAUUCCAUAUAUACAUGUAUGUCUUUAGAAAAUAGUGAUAUAUUAGUAGUGGGCACCCUAUAUACAAAGCAGAUUUUGGUUGAAUCUAAAAGUGCACCCGCGACCAUCAAAUCCUGGGUUCGCCUCAGUUUCAAAGAGUCUUGCUUUGGAUGGAUAGCAAAUUUAUAAGCUCCUCUGAUGCAGAACAACUAUCGAAAAUUUCUUCUACGGAUGUAUAUGUAUAGGGAUGAUAUUGUUGAUACUAAUCGUCUAUUUCAGCAUUGUGCAGAUGUCAGGCAGCUCGCGAAUGUAUUUAUCUCACUCUUUAGUCUUACAUUGGAUCAGUUGUAAACUGUCGGCGAAGCCUUAACAAGCUAGAGGCAUAAUGAUCAUGGACGCAUUGCAAAACAGUCUCUGCAGAAAGUAGAUAGGCUAGUUGGAAGGAGAUAAACCUGAGAUAUUUAAAAGAACUCUUUGCUUUUUGGUGUAGCCUGAAAUAUGUAAAUGAAGUAGAUGCUAAAUGCUAAUGAUUUGGGCCUUUUUUAGCACCCUGCGUAGUAAAAGUGGCUAUACUUGCGUAAUAAUCAUGUGAGUUCUAGUAGGGCCCACUUGUUUCUGCUUUCUGUCGAUGAAAAAGUUCUUUUCUAUGUAGUAGAAGCUGUAUCCCUGAAAUCUCUA